CCAGCUGAUUCUCCGGAACCAAAUUGAGGCUAUGGCUGAAGACUCCAUCAUCCUCGUUGACGACAUGGUUCUUCCCGACCAGGGCGUAACGUGGCAUGUAGCUCAAGUCGAUAUCACGAUGAUGGUUGCAGCGGCUGCUAUGGAGAGAACCGAGACUCAGUGGGAAGCGUUGUAUGACUCUGUUGGACUCAAGGUCGUUCGUCGCGCCGUCUACACUCCAGGUUAUUAUGAGACUGUGACCGCCUUAGUCAAAAAAUGA